AUGGGUACAGCAGAUUUUCUUAUACUUUAUGGUUCCCACACUGGGCAAGCGGAAUCUAUUUCUAAACAGAUUAAGGAAAGGUCGGAAAUCCUAGGAUUCAAGCCUCGGUUGUUUACACUAGACGAAAAUGAGAAGGAGUUCUUUAUCGAAAACGAGCCUCUUGUGGUCAUUGUGGUUUCAUCUACGGGCGACGGUGAUCCACCCGAGAAUGCCUCUCGCUUUGUGAGACGUAUAGCUAGAAAGAGUCUUGAACCGAAUUUCUUACAAAAGGUCGAUUAUGCUUUGCUUGGUUUGGGAGACUCUAACUACUCAACUUUUCAAGGAGUGCCUAACAAAAUUGACAAACAACUUCAACAACUUGGUGCAAAACCGAUCAUUGAGACAGGACGCGCAGACGAUCAGUUGGGGUUGGAACUUGUGGUGGAGCCGUGGAUUGAGAAGCUUUUCGAAGCACUCAUUACGCGUUUCAAUUUGGACGUUGAUAUGCUUAAACGCUUAACAACGAAAAUAGAAAUACCAGAGAAGAAGCAAUUGAUCGAUGGUAUAGGUGAUAACGUCCUCGAGUCGAGAGAAGCUGCUCCUAUGCUAACUGCUCAGUUGUACGAUUAUCCGCCACAUUCUCUCAUCUCAGGAAACGAUAAAUUAUCAAACGAUCCCGCUUUACGAGUGCCCGUUGCUCCUCUGGAAUUCGUAACGUCGUCGGUUUCCCACUUAAAGUGGAACAACGACAGCCAAAUCCCUUGGCAGAAUAGAGCGAAAAUGGUAGGAGUAGCUAGUGAACCUUACAAUGUUACCGUUGUUGGUACGGCACGAUUGACGGAUGCGGAUGUUGUGAAACCCAAAUAUGAGCUCGUACUGGAUUUUGCUGCAGUGACAAAUGAUCUUAACAGCCAUUGGUCGACGGGAUUGCGUGUUACAACUUUAGAUAGUCUUCCACAUCUCGCUUACGAACCGGGAGAUGCAUUCUACUUUAUAUUUCCAAAUCCGAUUUCAGAAGUGAAUUUUCUUCUGAAAAGGAUGGGUUUGCUGACUGUUGCGGAUCAGUUAUGUAAUCUUUCUGUAAAUCCGACCACACAGAAGAUCAAUGCUGUUCUACCUCCUCAUGUUCCCUCUGAAACCUCGUUACGGCAUAUUUUCACGUACUGUCUUGAUAUACGGAGGACGCCGGGCCGACCCGUACUACGUUCCUUAGCUGAAAAUGCCGCAGUUGAACGAGAAAAGCGGCGUCUUCUUGAGCUUACCAGUGCGCAAGGCCUCACGGAUUUCAAUGAUUUUGUCAGACAGCCUGGAUUAUCCCUUGCCGACAUCUUGUUUGCAUUUCCUAGUGUACGUCCAUCUGCUGAUAGACUCAUAGAACUACUACCGCGUCUCAUUCCACGAUCAUAUAGCGUGUCUUCUUGUCGUGGUCGUCGUGUUCGGUUUAUAUAUUCUGUCAUGACUUUUACUGCAGAACACGGUCGAAGAUAUGAACGGAAAGGUUUAGCUACGGAGUGGCUUUUAAGCCUAAGAGUGGGCGACACGGUACAGAUAAUGCGUAAAGAACCAGCACGGUUUCGGCUUCCACCACCGCCGCUCCAGCCAUCAUGUGCUCUUCAGAUGCCACUUCUUAUGAUUGGACCUGGAACAGGAGUAUCCGUAUUCCUCGCUUUUUGUCAAUAUCUACUAAACUUGAAACUGAGCGAUCCUCAAAAUUUUCCCAACGUGCCGCGAUAUCUAUAUUUUGGUUGUAGAAAUUUGGAGAAAGAUGCACUGUAUAUGUCAGUUUUUAAACUGUCGUUGAAGAAUGAUGAAAUGAAGUCCUAUGUGCGUGAAGGGAUACUCACAGAGUUGAUUUUAUGCGAGAGUCGCGGAGAAGGUGAACGACUAAACUGCGAUAGUCCAUCUCGUGUUUUUGUAUGUGGUGAUGCCAAAGGCAUGUCGAAGGAUGUUUGGCAAUGCUUCCAUGAUAUUAUCAAGGAAGGGAUGGGCAAAUCCAAUGAGGAUGCAAGACUUUACUUGACGGAGUUGCACAAGACUGAUCGAUUUAUUGAAGAUGUUUGGUCAUAG